UACCACAGAAACAGUAUGAGGUGACGACUGGCGAACCAGCUGGCAUGGAUAAACUACAGGUUGCCACUGUGAUAGUGGUGCCAAUUGUCAUGCUGUUUACCGUGACAUGCACAGUUAUAUUCUUCUAUCGCAGGAGGGGUAAAUGCCAUAUGUUUAAAUCAAUACCAAACAGUCAAACUAAUGAGAGGUUAGCCAACGAGACACCGAACAACGAACAGGAAAUCACAUCUCAAGGGGUGAGUGACCAGGAUACUACAGUUUUGUUAUGUUCCCAGAGGAAUACCAAGGUGGAAAAAGUUUGUAGAUUAUUCAUUCAGUUCAUCAGAUCAAAAACUGAGCUUGUGACUAUAGAGGACUCGUGCUCCGACUUAAACACAGAAUCUUGUAUACGCAAGUGGCGUACUGGACAGCACGCGAGUACAUUACUCAUCAUGUUAUCAGAGGAGCUACUGGAAGGUGUGGACAAGGCUAAGCGAGGUUUCGAUAUAAUGAAUACGCCAAAUUUGAAACUAGACCUACAUCUAUUGAAUCUGUUGGUGGAGAUUGAACAGGUGACGCCCGCACGGCUUCCUCCUGUCAUGUUGGUGUGCGUUUACUCCGGACUUUGUGCGCGCUUCCUCGAGUUGUUGCCUAACCUCGGUCAGCUGUACUCCAUUGUUGACGACAUUGACCAACACAAAUGCCAAUUGCGAACGUCGGAUCUUGAACAGCUGUUUGUGUCGAUGAGUAAAGGUCAGCUCAAUCCUCCUGUCACUUUGUCAUACAGCACUCUGACCGGAUGUGUCCAGACAAAGCUGCUCCUGGCGGCCAUACAGGAACUUUUAAACGCGAGACCUCACCAACCCCAGACACCAUACAGUGUGUGUAAACCUAAACCCACCGAAGAAGUCGCAAUGGAUUCGGCAACUUUCCAGUGUGCGUAUCGGCCACCUGGUGUCGCUAGACAAAACUAUCUAUACCGAGAUAUAAUCCGACGGGGAACACCAUCCUGCGACAAAGGCUUCGUGCGUUCGGUCCCGCCUACCUGCUGGACAGGUCAACCCAUUGACCCGAGGCACUUUGGCCAAACUUGUGUGCAGACCAGUUCCUACUCAGAUAAGCCGAUGCGUACGCAUUGUGACUCGUUUCCGGGACAGGUAGACAGUGGAUUCGAUACCAUGACUUCAUCAAUUGGUACUGGGGAGGCGGAGAAUGCCCCGUUUGUAGUUCGGCCUAAGGUCGCGUCUAAGAGUGACAUACGUAUGAAAGAACAUACACGAAACAGUACAGGUCAUGAAGAAGUGUCACUUUUUAUUUCCCCGGAGUCUGACGACGAGUUCGAUGGGAUAUCUCUGUCUCAACGUAUCAUUGAACUCAAUCAGCGACACACGACACAAUGGAACAAGCCUUGUUAGGUUUGUGAUACACUGUUACAUCCAGGGUCAAAGCCGAAGUAACGAAACUAUCAAGUGAAGUCACGUGACCAAACUGAACCGUUAUAAAUAUUACAUGAAAAGAUGAUUACCUAGGUGUUGACGUAUGUAAGAUAACACUUUGAUAGCCCAUAUUGUCCACAGGAAAAGGAUAUUUAUGCCGUUGGACGUAGUCUGUCGCUCUUCCGUCUUUAGAUUAAGAUUUUAAAGGACGGAUGACGUCACUGGGAAUUGUGGGGUAAUAGAGACUACCACAUAUCUAUAUAUAGAGAAGAAUGCAUGCGUAAAACAUGUUAACCUCACCUUUCUUCCUGGUAAUAACAUGGGAGCAGUGAUUCAUACCCUGAAAGCGAUAAACUGCAACUGGACAUAAUGGAACUAAUCCUUGUGCUGUCAUGCCUGGUGUUAUUUUCGUCUCACACCUUAUUACGUGGUGUCGGAUUACUUGUAUUGUAAUCAUUUUUUACACAUGAACUAAAGUCGACAGAUUUCAAACACUAGGAAUCAAAUUCCAGGAGAGUUAUGAAGGCCUUGGGGUCUCUUCUUUUUAAUGUCAAUCUGAUAUGACAAAUGUCACAGUGACCGACAGUCUGUUGUAACACAGUUACUUGUUAUAAUGAACUAAACAGUUAGGAGUAUCACUAUAGCAUGUAUGUAUAGAAUGUUUGGUGUUCACUUUCAUUACGUUUUCGUCGUACGAAAGGUUAGGAUCAGCAUUAACAUGAUCAGAGAACACACUGAAACCUAGAUCGGAAUAGUAAUAUUUUCCUAUAACGAUAUUACAAGCAUCGAAUCACUAUCACCAUCUGCCUUCCAAAAGCUCAAAAGAAUGUGCCUAAAAUAGUUGAACAACAAGUGGACAGGGAGCGAUAUUAACACCAACGUUUAAACUGGUUAAAAUAGAAUUGUACGGGUUUAAAGUAGCCGGUUAAACGAUAAUUCGUUCAACGAAAUUUUACCAAAGAAACAAAUCCAUGCACACAAAAAAGUAAAGUACGGAAUGCCAAGUACAGUACGAGAUUAACACACAAUACAAAGAUCGAUCAAAUCCAUAAACAAUAAAGUCCAACAACAUGUGUUAUGAAAAUGGUUUACAAGUAAAUUAUGCAUUCGAAAAAAGUUCAAUAAUGUCUGUUAUCAAAAAGGUAUCAUGUAUCAUAAACAACAAAGUGCAAUAGUAUCUAUUAUCAAAAUGAUGUAUGAUAAAAUUAAGCAUACAAAGCGAAUUCCAAUAGUAUGUGUUAUCAAAAUGGUAUAAUUAAUCAUAAACAACAAAGUUCAAUAGCAUCAAUUAUCAAAAUGAUGAAUGAUAAAAUUAAACAUACACAACAAGUUCAAUAAUGUAUGUUAUCAAAGAAGUUUACAAUAGAAUUGAAUAUAAGACAACAAAUUUCAAUAACGCCUAUUAUCAAAUGAUAUAAUUAAGCAUACACAGCAAAGUUGCACCAUAACUAAAAUUUAACACAGAAACAAGAGUUAAAUCAAAUUUGUAUACAUCAAAUAAAGAACGAUGACGUAUAUGUACUAACAAUCAAUUGAAAAUGAGUUUUGCUCAUUGAAUCAUUAUCAUCGUCUUUUCUCCAUAUUUGCUCAAGACGCGAUUCGUGUUGAAUACGUAUGAAAUAAUUGUUUGUAAUCAUAUAUUUUUUUGAAACAUGAAAAUAAUUACUUAUAUACAUGUCUGGAAGUACGCAGUCAAACUACCAUGUCUAUACCUUGGUAUCAGACAGAGAUGACUUAAGUCAUGUUACCAUGCAUGUCUAUACCUUGGUAUCAGACAGAUAUGGUUUCUGUCAAACUACCAUGUCUAUACCUUGGUAUCAGACAGAUAUGGUUUCUGUCAAACUACCAUGUCUAUACCUUGGUAUCAGACAGAGAUGACUUAAGUCAAAUUACCAUGUCUAUACCUUGGUAUCAGACAGAGAUGGUUUUGUUCGUCAUUUGCACACAUUGAUUCGUGUUCUUAAUAAUUGUCACAAGGCUCACUAUUAGUUAUUUGAUUUUUUCGAGUAUUAGAACUAACAUAGAAAUAAAAUCUGUGUUAUUAAGGCAUUUACAUUGACCAAUUGCCCGGUGGUACAAAUCCGUCAUCAAACGUAGCCACAUAUUGGCUGAAGAUACAUGUUCCCAUGCACACGUAAAUAUUGUUUUUAGACUCAGCUAUAAAAAUAGCGAAUAAACUCGUCCCGGUAGGAUUGGUAGAACUCGUCCCGGUAGGAUUGGUAGAACUCGUCCCGGAAGAAUUGGUAUAACUCGUCCCGGUAGGAUUGGUAGAACUCGUACCGGAAGGAUUGGUAAAAACUCCUCCCGGUAGGAUUGGUAGAACUCGUCCCGUUAUGAUUGGUAGAACUCGUCCCGGUAGGAUUGGUAGAACUCGUCCCGUUAGGAUUGCUAGAACUCGUCCCGGUAGGAUUAGUAGAACUCGUCCCGUUAGGAUUGGUAGAACUCGUCCCGGUAGGAUUGGUAGAACUCGUCCCGGUAGUAUUGGUAGAAAUCGUCCCGGUAGGAUUGGUAGAACUCGUCCCGACAGUAUUGGUAGAACUCGUCCCGGUAGGUUUGGUAGAACUCGUCCCGUUAGGAUUGGUAGAACUCGUCCCGGUAGGAUUGGUAGAACUCGUCCCGGUAGUAUUGGUAGAAAUCGUCCCGGUAGGAUUGGUAGAACUCGUCCCGGUAGUAUUGGUAGAACUCGUCCCGAUAGGAUUGGUAGAAAUCGUCCUAGUAGGAUUGGUAGAACUCGUCCCGUUUGGAUUGGUAGAACUCGUCCCGGUAGUAUUGGUAGAACUCGUCCCGGUAGGAUUGGUAGAACUCGUUCCGGUAGGAUUGGUAGAACUCGUCCCGGUAGGAUUGGUAGAAAUCGUCCCGUUAGGAUUGGUAGAACUCGUCCCAGUAGGAUUCGUAGAACUCGUCCCGGUAGGAUUGGUAGAACUCGUCCCGGUAGGUUUGGUAGAACUCGUCCCGUUAGGAUUGGUAGACUCUGUUUACAUCUGUUUUUUAUUGUGAAAGUAGUAGUGCAAUAAUAGUGAUGCGAGUAUAUAUUCAAUCUAAUUAAAAUUAGACUUGUUAUUUCCGUUCCUCUCCGAUACACUGCAAUACAACAAUACUUGUAUUGCAGUGUAUCGUAGAGUAUCGUAGAGGAAUGGAAAUUACAAGUCUAAUUUUAAUUAGAUUGAGUAUAUAUUAUGACAUUAUUUCAGUUAAUUAAUCAAACAAAUCUAUAAUUAAUUGAUGAUUUCAUGCUUAUCGUUCUAUAUAAGAUUCUUAAUGAGGCAUUCUUCUACACUUUUAUUUGAUAUUAAAAAUCAAUGGGCAUUCUGAUUGCUUUGUAUAUAUUAUUUACCUCUUAUGUUUUCACUGUUGUUUCCUCUUAAUGUUUCAGUAUAACAUACAAGGGCAUAUAUAGUCGGAUAAUCUACUUGUUAUUGAGAGAAUUACACCAGAAAUGGGGCAUUCAAAUUGAUAUGUGAUACCUACAUAGAUUUGGACGUUGUAGUAUUUGUAAGUGACACUGUAUUGUAUUGGUAUUUUCCUUAUACAAGGUACAUGUACAUGUUGAUGGGACAAUCAUUUACAUAGUUCUGUAUACAUUUGUACAUUCCGUACAUAUUUAACCGAUGUAUUGUAUAAACAGUUUCUGUACAUAAAUGUUCGUUAUAGUCUUAAAACUCGUUGAACAGAUCUAGAAUAAUGUGUGAUUUUUUUUCUUAAUCCUUUAUUGUUUGUUUUGUAUUAUUAUUCUGUCGAACAUGUUUAGUAUGACAAGUAAGAAAUCAUCAGUAUCAGCAUUAAACAUAGGGAGUCAGUUCCUAUAAUGACUGAUGUCGGGUUGUCGAUAUUGACUGACGUCGUGGGUGUCUAUGGGGACUGAUGUUAGGGAUGUCCAUAGUGACUGACGUCAUGAACCAGUAUAUUGUGACUGGUGUCGAGGGUAUCCGUAGUGACGUACGGCGUGGGUUUCUAUAAUAACUUAUAGUCGUGGGUGUUUAUAUAGAGUGACUGAUGUCGUGGUUGUCCAUAGUAAUUGACGUCAUGGGUGUCUAUGGUGACUGAUGUCGGGGUUGUCAAUAGUGACUGACGUCGUGGGUGUCUGGUGACUCACGGCGUGGGUUUCUAUCAUAAAUUAUUGUCGUGGGUGCCUAUAUAUAUAGUGACUGGUUCACUUGGUGCCUAAUGACCUUUGACCUGUUGACGGUAAGAACACAUCCGAGUGUUAUCGUUGUUACCUUAGAUAUAACGACACGUGCUUGGUAAACUGUUCAGUUGUUAUAGUCAAACCAGAAUGACCAGUCGCGAUGACCUUUUCGUGGAAUAUUCAAAGUGGGUAGUUCCAUUUGUGCACAGGUGUGUUAACAAAACAUAUUGAUUAGGAAUAUACUACUGUCUCCAGCAGGGUGCUGUUUUGGACCAUU